AUGAGUGUAACCAACAGCAUACUGCCUACCAGUGUUACCAACAGCAUACUGCCUACCAGUGAUACCAACAGCAUACUGCCUACCAGUGCUACCAACAGCAUACUGCCUAACAGUGCUACCAACAGCAUACUGCCUACCAGUAUUACCAACAGCAUACUGCCUACCAGGGCUACCAACAGCAUAUUGCCUACGAGCACUACGAACAGCAUACUACCUACCAGUAUUACCAACAGCAUACUGCCUACCAGCGCUACCAACAGCAUACUGCCUACCAGCACUACCAACAGCAUACUGCCUACCAGUAUUACCAACAGCAUACUGCCUACCAGUACUACCAACAGCAUACUGCCUACCAGCACUACCAACAGCAUAAGGCCUACCAGCACUACCAACAGCAUACUGCCUACCAGCUCUACCAACAGCAUACUGCCUACCAGCGCCACCAACAGCAUACUGCCUACCAGUAUUACCAACAGCAUACUGCCUACCAGUACUACCAACAGCAUACUGCCUACCAGCACUACCAACUGCAUACUGCCUACCAGUGCCACCAACAGCAUACUGCCUACCAGUGCUACCAAUAGCAUACUGCCUACCAGCUCUACCAACAGCAUACUCAUACUGCCAACCAGCGCUACCAACAGCAUACUGCCUACCCGUAUUAACAACAGCAUACUGCCUACCAGUGCUACCAACAGCAUACUGCCUACCAGUGCUACCAACAGCAUACUGCCUACCAGUAUUACCAACAGCAUACUGCCUACCAGGGCUACCAACAGCAUACUGCCUAUGAGCACUACCAACUGCAUACUGCCUACCAGCUCUACCAACAGCAUACCGCCUACCAGCGCUACCAACAGCAUACUGCCUACCAGCACUACCAACAGCAUACUGCCUACCAGUGCUACCAACAGCAUACUGCCUACCAGCGCUACCAACAGCAUACUGCCUACCAGCACUACCAACAGCAUACUGCCUACCAGCUCUACCAACAGCAUACUGCCUACCAGCGCUACCAACAGCAUACUGCCUACCAGUGCUACCAACAGCAUACUGCCUACCAGUAUUGCCAACAGCAUACUGCCUACCAGGGCUACCAACAGCAUACUGCCUACGAGCACUACGAACCGCAUACUACCUACCAGUAUUACCAACAGCAUACUGCCUACCAGUGCUACCAACAGCAUACUGCCUACCAGCACUACCAACAGCAUACUGCCUACCAGUAUUACCAACAGCAUACUUCCUACCAGUACUACCAACAGCAUACUGCCUACCAGCACUACCAACAGCAUACUGCCUACCAGCACUACCAACAGCAUACUGCCUACCAGUGCUACCAACAGCAUACUGCCUACCAGCGCUACCAACUGCAUACUGCCUACCAGCUCUACCAACAGCAUACUGCCUACCAGCGCUACCAACAGCAUACUGCCUACCAGUAUUACCAACAGCAUACUGCCUACCAGUACUACCAGCAGCAUACUGCCUACCAGCACUACCAACUGCAUACUGCCUACCAGUAUUACCAACAGCAUACUGCCUACCAGUACUACCAGCAGCAUACUGCCUACCAGCACUACCAACUGCAUACUGCCUACCAGUGCUACCAACAGCAUACUGCCUACCAGUGCUACCAACAGCAUACUGCCUACCAGUGCUACCAACAGCAUACUGCCUACCAGUGCUACCAACAGCAUACUGCCUACCAGUACUACCAACAACAUACUGCCUACCAACACUACCAACAGCAUACUAUCUGGGCUUUCAGCACUUCCAAACAUAUAG